CAGCACCUACAAAUGCACUGUUUUCUCCCAUUGAAAAACAGAAGUGACAAUUUUUGCCUGAUCUGGCACCAGAAAGCAGUUUAAAGCUUAAGAAGUAGCAGAUCUGGUAAAAAUCUGAUCCCUCAUUGAAUGAAAUAUCCGAUGCACGUUUCAAAAUGUAGCAUCUUCUUUAACCUGUGUUUGGGAAGCUCCCGCUCUGUGUCCGGUCACAGGGAGGGGGGGUGGGGGGGCGCUCCAAUUUCCGUCCCAGUCUUCAGCACCAGCCGCGGAACCACAAGAAGAGCUCCCGUCCCUCCCCCUCCCCGGCUUCUGACUCCAGCAGCCCCGGCUGUCGUCCGGGCCCCGGCCCCGAGCUGGCCCGACCUCGUGCCGGCUGGGGGCUGACCCGUACCUGACCCCGGAGCGACGCGGAACCGCCUCACCAAUCACGCGUCGCGCCGGGGCCGGCCUCGCUUUGGCGGCCCAAUAAAUGGCAGCGAUCGGCCAGCAUGCGUGGCCUCAGGUGUCGAGGAGCCCGGCGGGGCAGCCCGCACCCGGGGGCAUGAAGCGGCUGCGGGCCGCGGGGUCCUGGCGCUGCGACGCACUCGCGCUGCUGCUGCCCCUCGUGGCCCUGCCUUCGGCCGCCGCCUGCCCCUGCAGCGACCCCGACCUCUGCCGCCCCAUCCAGGGCGCCCGGGACUUCGAGGUCUUCGUGUUCGAUGUCGGCGGCGGGACGUGGCGCUUCUACAACUGGACCCACAUCACAACGGUGGCGACUUUCGGAGACUACGACCCCGAGCUCAUGUGUUACGCUCAUGCCAAGGGGGCCAGGGUAGUGCUGAAAGGAGUUGUACCCCUGAAGGACAUGCUUGAGCCUGCUGCCAGGGGGUUAUGGAUAACUCAACAGGUGGAACUGGCAAAAAAGCAGUAUAUGGAUGGAAUUAAUAUGGACAUAGCGGAAGCGGUUAAUAAGUCAUCACCCGAGUAUGAUGUGUUAACAGCUCUAAUGAAAGAAACUGCAGAAGCUUUUCACAGUGCAAUUCCAGGAUCACAGGUAACAUUUGAUGUGGCUUGGUCUCCAGAAUGCAUUGACCAGAGGUGCUAUAACUACAGCGGCAUUACAGAUGCUUGUGAUUUCGUGUUUGUGAUGUCGUAUGAUGAAGACAGUCCAGUCUGGCCAUGCCGUGCUGCAAGAGCCAAUGCUCCCUAUAAUCAGACCCUGACUGGCUUUGAAGACUACAUUAAUAUGGGCAUUGAUCCUAAGAAGCUUGUGAUGGGUGUUCCCUGGUACGGUUAUGACUAUACUUGUCUGAAUUUAUCUAAGGAUCACAUUUGUUUUUUUUCAAAAGUUCCUUUCCAUGGGGAUCUAUGCAGUGAUUCUGCAAGGUUUCAGGUCUCAUAUAAAGCGAUGAUGAAGCAAGUGAAUAGUUCAAUUUCUGGGAGGCUGUGGGAUAAGGAGCAGAAAGCUCCAUAUUAUGAGUACAAGGAUGCUCUUGGUCAUUUUCACCAAGUAUGGUAUGAUGACCCCCAGAGCAUUUCCCUGAAAGCAGCAUAUGUGCAGAAACGUGGUUUAAGAGGCAUUGGCAUGUGGAAUGCAAAUUGUCUUGACUACUCUAGAACUCCUGUAGCAGAACAGCAAACUGAAGCAAUGUGGCAAGCCUUGAUACCAUAGCAACUGCAUGAGAUGAUCAGCAUUUACUGCUUGGUUUAGAAUGAUCAUUUUAAUGGGAUAUUAAUUCUAAAGAGUAAUGUAUAUGUUGUCUUACAAGUAUCUUCUGGUUAUGAGCAAAACUUCUGAAACAGUCACAACUUAAUUUUAUUCAGUACUUAAAAUGAAUUAAUGCAAUGUUAAAUACUUUAAGAGAUUCUGUUUAGAUUUUUUUAUUUUUACAAUUUUCAAUUAGGUAAACAGCUUGACUGAAAAAACAUAAUGCUCUGUUCUUUUCACAACUUGAAAAGCUAGAAAAUCAUGAACUUUUUAAAGAAACCUUCACUCACUCUCUCUCUUAUUUUUUAAGACCAGUAUUUUAAGUUUCGUAUUAUGAAAAGUAUUUCUUACCCAGUUUAAACUACAUUGUUCAUAAUUAACAUUUAAAAUAAAUAUCCGCUAUUCUGAACAUCCUACUUGUGGUCACUGUACUGCUGUUGUUUGAUGUAUUACUGUAAGGUUUGUAGGCUGCUUUUAAAUAACAGAGGAAAAGGUUGUUAUUUUUUAAACUUUUAGAGCAGGGGCAGGCCAUUUUUUUUUCAGGUGAUAGGCCACUUCACAUGUUUUUUGGUGUGCUGUUGAGGGCUGCAAGGCUGGUCCCUCCCCUUAACAAGUGCCCCAUCCUCUAGUUGCCAUCUUGGUCCCAGACAUCCGAUGACCAAAAAGUCAGGGUUUAGGGGGUGUGAAGUCCCUGCCCUUGCUGCAGAAGUACUCCUGUUGUCCUGUGGGGUCAGGCCAAGUCUCAGGAUCUCAAAAUUGCACUGUUAGAUGGGAGGGUGAGACACAAUUGCACAUGCAUGCACUCAAAAAUCAAUUAGAUACAUGCAUGUUCUCACACACUCACAGGCACUCAAUGGUAGCAGGAGAAAGAGACUCAGUGGAAGGGCUGGAGUCCUGGUAGGGAAGAGAAACAGUCCAAGUCCUUUGCUUGGGGAAGGAAGUGGGUGAUAGCUACCUAUCCUGGGCUGCAAGUUGAUCCUCGAUGGCCAGUCCGUCUUCUCCAGCAAGGUGUUGUCCAGAGUGGGGUUGCCGGCAGGGCCUCUGGGUGGAUAGGUAGUGUGGUGUGGUGCUGGUCCAGAUGGAGAGGGUGUCCCACUGCAUCUGUCUUCACUGCCCUCUUUUAUAGGGGCAGACCUCCUAUGACCCUAGUGGCAGGGGCAUGCCCAGGCAAGAGUCAGCCCCUGGUGUACUGAGCAUAUGCACUCCUAGGUAAGGACUUGCAGUUUCAGGUGUCUGUAAUGGUGGGUUGACUGAUUUCUGCAGCAGUCUUUGUCUUCCAAAUCUUGAGCCAGGGAGGGUCAAUGCAGGGUGAUGGUUGGGUCAUCAAGUUGAUGGUUCAGUCAUUCAGAGGGAGCUAUUUUUUGACAUGCUGGCAUUGUCUCUCAAGCACCCUCAUUCAUCCCCAUUCAUUCAGGGCCAGUGUUUCCUGCAGGAGCCAUGUGGUGCCCAUGCUGGGCUGCUCUGUGCUGUCACCACCAUCUCCGAGCUCCCCAGAGAGCUCCACACGGUUGCUGCAGGAAGUGCUGGGUAGCACUGAGGGGGAGGGGCUGCAUGCGGGUCCCCACCAGUACCAUGGGCUACAGCCAGCAGCUGCUGUCACCUGGGCUGCCUAGAAAGGCAGUCCAGUGCAGAGCUGCCCCAGCCUUGCUGUGUGCCCAGUGGGCAGCUGGGCAUGCCACCAUGGGAUGCUGCCUGGGCCAGGCAGGAGUGAGGGACCCACCACGGGCUGCACAAAGCCCCUGUACAGCCUGAAUCCAGCCUGCAGGUUGUAUUUUGCCUACCCUUGUUUUAGAGGUUUCUACUCCUAGUUGUCUGUAAAUUGCACUGGUAACAGCAGGAAAUAUACAUUGCAUUUCCUAGCACUGUAUUUUUUGUAUACAUCACACACCUUUUUCCAGUAUUUAGCUGCUGAAAAUCGGAGAGUGCAUCUUAAGGAAAUACAAUAAUGGUGUUUAGCUGAUAGCUAUAGCAGAGGGUGGUAAGUAGGGCACUAGCCUUGAGCACUGAGUUAGGGAGGUGCCAGGCUGGCAUCCCUCAGGGAACUUUUGAUGUGACUGGCAUGUGGGUAGCCUGUGUCCUAGUGGAGCAGCAGCCUACUUGCAGCAGUCUGCAUUGAGGGCAGAGCCCUGGCUGGGGCAGGCAAGACUCUGGCCCCACUCCGCUGUCACAAUAUUCUCCCUUCCUCUGCCCAGGGCACUGGAGAAGCUUGCUUCACCUCUUAUUCCCCUCUUCCUUCCCCCCCCCCAUUUCACUUAAAUACUCCAGCUGCUGUUGGACAGAGAUUCCUGCUGAGUGAGUAGCAGCAGUUAAGGAGCAGCAACAGACUGUUACUUCCUGAUCCCCUUGCAGUUCCUUGUGGUUCACUUGAUUACAGUAGGGGCUCAUGAGAGUGCCUGGGCUGUGAAACCUGUGCGCAUAUGCAAAUAAGAGUGGGACACAGUAGUUAUGUUCUGUCAGUGUCAGUGAAAAAUGUAAAGUACCAAGAGAAGCAGAAGAAAUUGGAAGGAGGUACAGCAGCAACAAAGCAUGGGGGAAGGCAAAGGAGAAACUGCUUUUGAACAGUGGUGCUAGAUGAGCAUUUUAUUGCGCAGAAGCACAAUACCCAGAACUUGAAGAAUAACUUUGGCAUGUGUGUGGGAGAGAUGGCAGUUUGGAUAUGAGGAUCAGACACCAAAGGAAAAGAGAGUGGAGCAAAGGCCAUGGAAGACUGGGCAGGUACAGAAAGCAGCAUCACAUUGUGGUUGGUGAUGGAGUGAAGUUGCCAGCUUGUGUGAUUUUUUUUUUUUUUUUUUUUUUUUAAAGGAAAACCUUCUCUAAAGAGAAGUUGUCACAAGGGAGAAUUGUGAGGGCACAUGGAAAAGGAUAGAUAGGCAACACAUUAGUGAUGGUCUGGGUUAAGUGUGUAUGGGAAUACCGACCUGGUGCUGUUUUACAUUUAAGAAACAGGCUCAUAUUGGAUAGGUUUGAUGCAGAGGGAAUGAAAAAACAGCCAAAAGAUAGAAACAUAGACCAAUACUGGGAAGCACAACAUACAUGCUUCAGCUGUUAGAUAUCAGGAAAUAAUUAUUUCAAAGCAAACAUGAAACAUCUAUAUGCAGAAUGAAGAGCAAGUGAUAACCACAGUUUGACCACAACUGAGAAGGUCUAAGUGACUAGAAAUAGGGCAAGCUUUGUGAGUGGAUCAAGGUUACGUGGAAUCUCAUUCCCAUUGACCUCGUUGUUAAAAAGUUUUUAGAAGUGCUGUGUUUUUAAUGAGCUGGAUGGUAGUAAGGUCUGUGCUGUGGGGGACAACAAUGCAUGUUCUGCAGGAGGCAGCAGUGAUAAAAAAUAAAGUUGAUUACUGAAGGAUAUGUAUCCUCAUUGUUUUAAUCCUCUACUUGUCAAUUUUAUUUUUUUACUUGAUCAACUUUUAAUGUGAGGCAGUUCUGCUGUGCUGUAGAGUCAUGCCACAGCAUGGCAAUGUGAGAUGCGAGGUCAAUGCAAAUGUAUACAAUAAUUUUUUUCCCCUCUGAUUUCUGUCAUUGCUGAAAACCAAGAUUAAAGACGUUUUUAGUGUCCUGAAUCCAUAUAUUUUUACACAAAGCUCAGAAUGCAUUAAAACACCCUAACUAUUCUCCAACCAUUUGCGUUGGUCUAAUAAAAGAUAUCAAAUUCACCCAAGGCACCUUGUCUGCCUAUGUCCUUAGACCAACACGGCUACAACCCAAACCCUUAAAACACCCUUUACUUUCUAACUAAUGCUGCUUAUAAGAUACAUUUUCAGAAUGAUUUCAAAAUCAUCUCAGGUUAGUCUUCAUAUUUUCACAAAAGAAUUAACAGUUGGAAAUGUUGUAUGACAUAUUAAACUAUUUGCAGAUUGAUUUUGCUGUGUGAGAGUCUCUCCCACCACCACUCCCCCCCACCCAAAAAUGUUAAGGAAAUGUUGUUCUCAGCAGGACUAAACAAAACGAACAAGCAGUGAAACUCGUGGUGCAUCUACACCACAUUUGGCCCUGUGUCCCAGCAUGAAUGCCCCUGAGCUCACCCCUUGCCCCCUGACAUUGCAAAUCCAGAAGAGCACCAGGGAGGUUCUACCAGUGGCUACAGAUGGAUGCCUUAAAGGGACCUCCCUACUGCUGUUCCAGUUCAAAGGGUGUAAAUGGGAGUGGGUGGUAUAGAUUGCUUCCUAAAGAUAUGAUUAAACAGCUCGUGUUUUUUCCCUUUAGCUCAUGAGGUGGUGAUGCAAUCUCCUUAGACUGCCGUUAGUCUUUCAAAAGAGUCCUACUCUCUAUCAGUCACGUAGAUAAGCAGGACUUCACCCUGCAAGCAUUUACACGCGUUUUGAGUAGCAUCCCAUUACACGCUGCUAGUAUUUUGGCUGUAACAUAAGAGUAUUUGCAUGCGUGAUUGUGGUACUGGGGAUGCUUUUUAAAUAUUGAUGCCAUUCCAAUGAGUUGUAGACACACAGAAAUAAUUGAAUGAUAGAAGUGGAACAGUUCUCCCUUGAUUCUGGUUUAUUGUCAAGUCAGGCCCUGUCUGUACUGCAGCUAAAACUGAUGUUACUUUCUCUGGUAACUGAAAAGUGGCCAACAUCAUACACGUCAACCAUGACACUUCUCAAAUUGUUUUUGCAGUUAAGUAAGUGUAACUGGACCUUUCUUGAUGACAACUAUAACAGUGUUGUUGAAUGCAAUUUAACCUAACUCAGUUUAUGCUGAAUGGGCUUGCAGGAAAAAUGUAUUCAAUGCACAGCACGUCAUCAACAAAGUGUUGGUGGUGUCUCUUGGAAACUAAGAGAUAAAUCUGCAUGAAUGUCUAUGCACCUGUUUUCAGAAGUCAAUUGAUGGACAGCCUCUCCACCAUCCUCUGCUGCCACCAUGCCAGCCCUGGGUUGUUCUGCCUGAGCUUAAAUUGCUGCUGUCCCAGUCAUGCUUGUAGAUGCUGUGCCUGGGAGCAGGGUACUCUAGUUAAAACAGCUCCAAAGUUUAAUGCAUUGGGUUAAUUGCAUGUGUAGCUGCACUCACUGUGGAGUGGGUUACAGGGUUAGAACAGUCUGGGUGCAGAUAAGCUGCUUUUCCUCACGUUGUACUCUCAGUGCAGAGAUACCAUGCACACGUGCAAAGCUCUUUUCCUGAUGGUGAUUCAGGCAAGGGGCCUGAGUUAAUUCUUUCAUUUAGCCAUGAUUGUUUGUUUGAUUAAAUUUCUCCUGUGAAAUGGAGAAGAUCACAAAAUGUGCUCACUUCCUUUUCUUCAGAAUCCUCUGAAAUGUAAAUCCUAUGGGAGACUUCAGCAGUGUCAGGAUGGAGCAUCUCUGUGGGUUUGAGAGAGGGUACAAUGUAGGACAGCAAUCAUCUCAGGCUGCUGCUGUACUGAAGCCAGAUUCCCAUGGAGUGACUAUGGGGUAAGAGAAUGAUACUGAAAAGCCAUCAUGCUCAUCCUCCAUGCCUUAGAGUCCUGUGUUGAAUCUGAGUUCCUUGUAGGGUGCAUCUACAUGUUGCCGUAUGGUGACGUUGCUACGGCACCGUGCUUUAGUACUUCCUAUUGUGCUGUGCUUUAGUACUUUUAGGAUGGGUGGCUACUAUGCUAUGUGCUUGGUGCAUGGGUAAAUUUCGCCACUAUGUUGCCGUAGUGGUGUGCUAUACCCAGGAAGCGUGCUGCUACAGUAAUGUAUCUGGCCAUCACAUUAUCACUGUCACAUUAGCACAGCAUGUCACUAUGUCGCCAUAGGGCAACAUGUAGACACACCCAUUAAUUCAUAAAGCUUUUGGUAUUUCUGUAGCAUAUAACACUGUCAGUUACUCUGUAAUUUUCAUUCACUGAGUAGAGCUUUCAAGUCUGUUUGUUAAUUCUGUUUAAUACAAAGAUUCAUUGACUGGUGCUUUAGUUGAACUGUAAUUAAUCAUACCAAUUUGUU